ACCCUUCCUGCGGAGGCUGAAGCAACACCUUCUUUGGACUCUGAGUUUAUCCUAUAGUGGAACCCAGAAGAGGACUAAUAAAUAUAUUCAAUUUAAAAAAAGCCAUGGCUCAUGCGUUGGUGAUGUUCAGAGAUGUAGCUAUAGAUGUCUCUCAGGAGGAAUGGGAAUGCCUGAAUCCUGCCCAGAAGAGUUUAUACAAAGAUGUCAUGUUAGAGAACUAUAGCAACUUGGCUUCACUGGGACUUUCCAUCUCUAAGCCUGCUGUGAUCUCAUCACUGGAGCAAGGGAAGGAGCCUUGGAUGGCGGUGAGGGGCAUACGAGGAGGAUGGUGCCCAGACUUGGUAUCCAGGUGUGAGCCCAAGAAGUUCUCUCCAAAAAGGGACAUUUAUGAAACAGUAUCAUCCCAAUGGGCUAUCGUGGAACAACUUAAAAACAUUAGUCCUGAGAGAUCAAUUUUCAGAGAUAUUUGGGAAUGCAAAAGUCAGUUUGAGGGACAACAGGAGGGCUAUUUCAGGCAAUUGAUGAUCAACCAUGAAAACAUGUCUAUCUUUAACCCACAUACUUUACUCACUCAGGAAUUUUUUAAUAGACGAAAAAUCUCUGAAUGUAAGCAAUGUAGAGAAAACUUCAGUUGCCAUUUAUUCUUUGGUCACCACAAAAUAAUUCAUUCUAAAGAAAAACUUUAUGAAUGUAAAGAAUGUGCAGAAAUUAUUAAUCCAUCAUACCUUAUUAAACAACAGAGAACUCAAAAUAAUGACAAAUACAAUGAAUAUAAGGAAAGUUGGAAAGUCUUUAUGCAUUGCUCACAACUCAAACAACAUCUAAGAAUUCAUAGUUGCGAAAAGCGCUACGAAUGUAAAGAAUGUGGGAAGGCUUUUAAUUAUGGCUCAGAACUCACCCUACAUCACAGAAUUCAUACUGGCGAGAAACCUUAUGAAUGUAAGGAAUGUGGAAAGGCCUUUAGACAGCGUUCACAACUUACUCAGCAUCAGAGACUUCAUACUGGUGAGAAACCCUAUGAAUGUAAGCAAUGUGGGAAGGCUUUUAUUCGUGGCUUUCAACUUACUGAACAUCUGAGACUCCAUACUGGUGAGAAACCCCAUGAAUGUAAGCAAUGCGGAAAAACUUUUAGGCAUCGCUCACACCUUACCAUACAUCAGAGAAUUCAUACUGGUGAGAAACCCUAUGAAUGUACAGAAUGCGGGAAGGCCUUUAGCUAUCACUCAAGCUUCUCUCACCAUCAGAAAAUUCACUCUGGCAAGAAACCUUAUGAAUGUAAUGAAUGUGGGAAGGCCUUUUGUGAUGGCUUACAACUUACUCUACAUCGGAGGAUUCAUACUGGUGAGAAACCCUAUGAAUGUAAGGAAUGUGGAAAGACUUUUAGACAGUGCUCACAUCUUAAAAGACAUCAGAGAAUUCAUACUGGUGAGAAGCCUCAUGAAUGUAUGAUAUGUGGUAAGGCUUUUAGGCUUCAUUCACACCUUAUGCAACAUCAAAGAAUUCAUACUGGUGAGAAACCCUAUGAAUGUAGGGAAUGUGGGAAGGCCUUUAGCUAUCAAUCAAGUUUCUCACACCAUCAGAGAAUUCAUUCUAGGAAGAAACCAUAUGAAUGUGGGAAGCUCUUUAAUCAUGGCUCACAACAUAAUCCACAUCAGACACUUCAUACUGGUGAAAAGCCAGUAAAAUUUUCUCUCCUCCCUCACCGUUUUAGUCUAGUGCCAUGAAUUUAUUCUUGGAAAUUGAAAAUUUUUUUUAAAGGAAAAACUUGAUAAUGAGUUUUAUUAGUAUUGCUUUAUUUCAGUAAUCCUUGAAAAAUUGAAUAUUCUAUUUCAAGUCGGAAAAUGGAAAAUUGGGUGUGGUUUUAACACAGUGUCUAAGUUAAUGUAAUAAGUAUUGUAAAUAAAAUUUUCUAAAAUGAUCUAACAUAUUUUCACUGAAACCAAUGAAGUAUGGCAGAAAUAAAAUGAAAACAAUCUCUUCUCCUCCCACAAAUCCCUGAAGUAAUCAAUACAUGUGUGUUGCUCCUUUCUUCAUGCUGAAACAUACCUGAACACUUGAAGGGUUUGUUGCAUGUGUGUGAAGGAGGUUUUACCUCCUGUCAUGACAUAUUUCACUGCAACUUGCCUUUUUUGCUUAAUACAUAAUCACAGACAUUUUCCAGGUCAAUAUAGAUUUAACUCAUUCUUCUUAAAGCUUUAAAAAGCCUUCCCACGUUCAUUAUAUUCAGAAUAUAAAGUUCUAGUAUGAAAUGUAAGCACUUUGAGCCAUUUUCUACUGUAAACAUUCAAGUUAUUUCUAUUUCAUUUUUACCAGAAACUACCAUGCAAUAAAUAUCCUUAUGUGGUCAUUCUUUUAUUUCUGUUGAGUAGAUAGAUUCCCAACAGUGAGAUUCUUGGAUCAAAGAGUAUCUGGAUUGUAUGUGCAUGUGUGUAUGUUUUGACAGUACAUUAAUCUUUCAAAGGUGUUUUUAUUUUUUGUUUAGAUAAUAAAGUAAAUGUUACAAAAUCCAAAAAUUACAAAAAAGUAAAAUGAAAAAUAAACUCCCCUAAUAUCGAGUCCUAUAGUCACUGUCUUAGGCUGGGUUCUCUAGAGAAGCAAAACCAGUGAAGCAUAUAAAUAUAUGUAGAGAGAGAUUUAUAUCAAGGAAAUGGCUCAUGUGAUUGUAUCCCAAAUUUGUGGAUCAGGAUAGAGGCUUCUCUUGAUUCGUGUAGCCACAGGGGCUGGCAAACCCAAGAUCUGCAGGUUGGAGAGCAGGGCUCUUGCUCGCAGGCUGUGAAGACUGACGAAUCCCAAAAUCAGCAGAUAAGCUGGUAGCUCA